AUGCAUCUCGCCAUCAUUUCAACAAUUGCAUCGGCCCUUGUGCCUCUUGUAUAUGGCCAGCAAAACUCAUCCUGCCCUGGGGUGCCUGGGUUUCGCUAUGGUUUUGCGAUUGAUCCGCAGUUUCGGGCAGUCAAAGUUGCAGGCGGCCUCACCAGACCCCGCGGCAUAGCGAGAGAUCGGGCAGGCCGUUUGCUCAUAGUAGAGUCUGGAAAGGGGAUCACGCAGCAUGCAGUGGGCACUGAUGGCUGCAUCAUAGGAAGCGUCGUCUUGCUGGGACUUGCCAGUUUGAACCACGGCAUCUACCUAAGCCCUGAUGAGUCGAAGCUUUACGCCAGUACUGGAACCGAGGUUUACAGCUGGUCUUAUGACUCCACCACUGGAGCUGUCGGCAAUGACCAGACUACUCUUGUCAAAGGCAUGCGCAAUUCAGGCCACACCACCAGGACUUUGGCGAUUCCGCCCAGUCAUCCAAAUCUCCUUGUCGUUUCUCAUGGCUCGGAUGGGAACAUGGACUAUCCAACCGUUAGCCCAAGCGCGGCCAGAGCAAUUGUCAAGGUCUUCGACCUCAACUCAACUCCAGCAGGGGGAUUCGAUUAUGUGACUCAGGGUUGGAAUGCAGGCUAUGGCUUGAGAAAUGAGGUUGGUCUUGCAUUCGACGCCAACGAAAUGCUAUGGGGUGUGGAGAAUAGCGGCGACGACUUCGUGCGGACGGUUGAUGGCGUGUCUACCGAUAUCCACACCGACAACCCAGCGGACGAACUUAACUAUCUCGGAGAUGUGAGCAAGCCGAACGAUCAGUGGUAUGGGUAUCCAACAUGCUACACAGUCGGUGGUCCAAGUGAAAUCAAGGAUGCAACCUUUGCCCUUGGUGAUCAGUUCGUCCUCGCUCCUAACAGCACUUUCAACGACACCACUUGCAUCCAGGCAUCCGUGCCACCCCGAUUGACUCUGCCGGCACACUCUGCACCACUUGAUGCGAAGUUCGACAGUGUUUUCCAGAAUCUUUUCGUAACGCUUCACGGAAGCUGGAAUAGACAGCCGCCCUCAGGCUACCGCGUCGUGCGAGUCCCUUUCACCAAGGCUAAUGACGGAUCGUUCGCCCCUGUUGCAGCCAGCAAUCAAGUCGGAUUCACGGACGUCUUUUACCCGUUGGACACGACGCAGUGCAGUGCUCAAACAUGUACCCGCCCAGUUGCAAUGGUAUUCGAUGCAGCCGGUCGGCUCUACGUGACGAGCGACACGUCUGGGGAGCUCUUUCUAAUCGAGGGCGCGUGA